AGGCUCCGGGUGGGUAUUUUGUGACAAAGGCAAGACCCCAGGUUUGCUUAGAGCAGGUGAAGGAGGCAGCCAGGCGGGUCCCCACGUCUCCCAACAAUAUGGAUUAUAAGUCAAGCCUGAUCCAGGAUGGGAACCCCAUGGAGAACCUGGAGAAGCAGCUGAUCUGCCCCAUCUGCCUGGAGAUGUUUACCAAGCCGGUGGUCAUCUUGCCGUGUCAGCACAACCUCUGCCGAAAGUGUGCCAACGACAUCUUCCAGGCUGCAAAUCCCUACUGGACCAGCCGGAGUGGCUCGGUGUCCAUGUCCGGAGGCCGUUUCCGCUGUCCCUCCUGCCGCCAUGAGGUGAUCAUGGACCGUCACGGAGUGUACGGCCUGCAGAGGAAUCUGCUGGUGGAGAACAUCAUUGACAUCUACAAGCAGGAGUGCUCCAGUCGGCCCCUGCAGAAGGGCAGCCACCCCAUGUGCAAGGAGCACGAAGACGAGAAAAUCAACAUCUACUGCCUCACGUGCGAAGUGCCCACGUGCUCCAUGUGCAAGGUGUUUGGGGCCCACAAGGCUUGCGAGGUGGCCCCGCUGCAGAGUGUCUUCCAGGGACAGAAGACUGAGCUGAGUAACUGCAUCUCCAUGCUGGUGGCGGGGAAUGACCGCAUGCAAACUAUCAUCACUCAGCUGGAGGACUCCUGUCGAGUGACCAAGGAUAACAGUCACCAGGUGAAGGAAGAGCUGAGCCAGAAAUUUGAUGUGCUGUACGCCAUCCUGGACGAGAAGAAGAGUGAGCUGCUUCAGCGGAUCACGCGGGAGCAGGAGGAGAAGCUCAGCUUCCUCGAGGGUCUCAUCCAGCAGUACCGGGAGCAAUUGGACAAGUCCACCAAGCUGGUGGAGACAGCCAUCCAGUCCCUGGACGAGCCUGGUGGGGCCAUCUUCCUCUUGAGUGCCAAGCAGCUCAUCAGAAGUAUUGUAGAAGCUUCCAAGGGUUGCCAGCUGGGGAAGACAGAGCAGGGCUUUGAAAACAUGGACUACUUCACUUUGAACUUAGAGCACAUAGCAGACACCCUGAGGGCCAUCGACUUUGGGACAGAUGAGGAAGAGGAAGAGUUCAUUGAAGAAGAAGAAGAAGAUCAGGAAGAGGAAGAGGCCACAGAGGGAAAGGAAGAAGCACACCAGUAAAAGGA